AUGUCUCCACAAACCGAAAAGCGAGUGCAGGGAGCCAAAGACUCGUCGUCCCAACAGGACGCUUCAGCCUCCGUCAAGCAGUUGAUCACUUUGCUCCACCAAUACUGUUCUGAGGGUAGUUUCGAUGCCUUGAAAGGAGUCGUCGGAGAAAAGGAAGAACUCAAGCGAGACAAGGCGAAGCUCCAAAUCGCAUACGACGAGAACAUCCAAGCGCUAUCUCGGCGUCAGACUGAACUCCAAGAACAGAAAGCUGGUUUUGAGAAGCAAUUGAGUUCUCAGAGGGCAGAAAAUGAGGCAACUGUGAAAUCCAAACAAGCGGUCGACGAAAGCAUCAAGAAGCACCAAGCUAAAUUGACGACAAUGGAAGAGCAGAUCGAGAAGCAGUCGUCAUCUGCCAAACAGUUAAUUAAUGAGAUCAAGAAAAAAGAAUCACUCGUUAAUGCCCUCGAAGCCUCUAAAGCUUCACAACAAGAAAGUCUAACAAAAGCAGAAAAGGAACUGACAAAGUUCAAAAGCACACAGCAGUCUAUGCAAAAGCGAAUAGAUGAGUUGACUACAAGCUUGAAUGAAACGCGCACGGGUUUGACGACAUUUCAUUCUUUUGUGGUCAAACUUGAUAACUUUGAGGCUAGACGGUCUGAAGUUGGUGACGCUUUGGAUGAUAUACUACAAAACGCGCUCAGCCUUAUGCGGUCGUAUAUAGGUAUUCCCCUGGAAAACGCAUUCCUGACCGAUACGACAGUAUGGGGAAGACUUCGAAAAAGCACCCCAAUUGACCGUUCCAUCCCUUUGCCUAAUUCCAACUCCCCAGCUGCUAGGCUGAUGAGGGUCGCCGCCGGUCUCAGGAUUUAUAGCAUGGCGCUCGCUGAUCAUGUCUUAAGAGCAACGUAUUUAACUCAAGACGAUGAUUUUGAGGAUAUUCUAGGGGAUCUGGAAACAGAAGAUCCCCUACAUGAAGCUUUCACCCGCGCAGUGCUGCUCAAGAUUCAGUUAGCAAGGCCGGCUCGAACCAGAGAAGCUCGAGCGAAGAUGGUUUCUGAUCAAGUAUAUGGCGUUAUCGCCGACUUGGUCCCUCCUUCGCAGCAAGAAUCUUUCCAGGCACGCCUUUAUCAUAUCUCACUGGAGGCAUGCAACUCGUGGUUGGUUGUUCAGCAGCUACUGGAGCCAGUUCGUCCACUCUUUUCUUCGAGCAUGCCCGAGGACUGGGUGCCAUUAUCCUUUUCCACAGCCCAGAGCAAAGCCGAGGCUGGGCCACCCGGCGCAGCUCGGGAACCUUCCGUGAUGAGGGCAGAGAACCAGAGCUUACAAGCACGAUCGCCGACUGCCGAAUCCCAGCCGGUGGAAACUGACGACAUAAUGCAGUAUGUCUGGCCCGCGUUCUUUAUUCCAUCUUCCCAGCAGGAGGAUGACGUUGGUGAUCAAAUGCCAGAACUCAUCCACAGAGGGCACAUUAUUACACGUUCACAAGGCAGGGAAGCAGAAGAUGAAAUGUCACGUAGGAAUACAAGAAGGAUCGAAAGACAAAACAGUACAUCCACUCCUUCCCAGAAAAAGAGGCGAGACUCGGCCAUCUUUUUAUCCAGCACUUUAACAGGCGGAGUCAGUACCGAAAAAGCCCGUUGA